UCCCUUAGAGCAUUAAACGCCAUUUGUACGAUAGCACCCCAAAUUAUACGCAAAUAAUCUUAAAAAGGGUAAUUUACUGUUGGUAAAUGAUUUAUAUCUGUGAUUUAUAACGUGGCUGGUCGAAAUACAGAAGCAGUCUGAAAUAAUACACAUUCCUAGGUUAUUCGAAAGAUUUCAGAGCAAAUACCAGAAAAAAAAAUUACAUAUAAUUUACAAUGGAAAAUGAAAGUAGAACAACUAAUGAUACAGACUUUUCAAAAAAGACAUGGAAAGAGGAUGUGGCUCUCCUUGUUGAAGGAAAAAAGUUACAUGUAGCGAAAAACGUUUUAUCGUACACUUCACCAGUGUUUGACGCGAUGUUUUCAUCUCCGUUCAGCGAAAAAGACAAGGCGGAAGUAGAAUUACCAGGGAAAGAAUUCAAAAGUUUUCUGGAAUUUUUAAGAUGUAUCUACCCAGGUUCAAAAGGAAGCAUAACAGAGGAAAAUGUUUUUCAGUUGCUUUCACUAGCUGAUGAAUAUCAAGUCGAGAAACUUAAGAAAAAAUGUACAAAGUUUUUAUGUCAGUAUGUUGGCAAAGAAACAAGAACUACACAAGACGUUCUGAAAUGUUUAGCUGUUUCAGAGCGCUAUCAACUGAAUGGUAUCAAAGCUAUAUGUGUAGAUACUCUUAAUAGUAAAGAUCCUAUAGAACUGAUUGAUGUGGAAAUUGACCCAUUGAAUAAAGACACAUUGUUUGAAUUAUAUAAACAGAUCAUAAGACGGCAACAGCUCGAACUUGUGAAAGACUACAUUGACAGAGGAAUGGAUCAAGCUGAUAGAGCUGCGAAAUUUAAAGAUUUUGCAGAAGCAAAGGGUGCAAUUAUUGAUUUUGAAGUUGAUGAUAUUUCUGCUAAACAAAAGACCAGAAGUGAUGUUCUACACUUCAGUCAUGUAGUAAAGCUUUGGGGAUUUGACUUUUCUGCAUGUGUGAAAUUUUUUGGAAUAAAUAGCGAGACGAGACUUGCGAUAUAUUUAAAGAUGAAGCAGCCUUCAGAGAAUAAACAAAAAUGGUCUUGCAAAGUUAAAGGAAGACUGAUUCUAAAAAAUUCACGGUCAAAAGACCAUAGUUUUCCAUUAGAAAAUACUUUUACAAGUGAUAACUCAGUGUCAGAUUGGGGAUUUCAUCACAUUUUAGCAAUGACCAAUAUUCUAGAUCCACGAAAAGGUUUCAUUAGGGAUGAUAAAGUACAGAUUGCAGCAGUAUUUUUGGCUAACAAGCCAAAGUUUAGUACAGAUUGCGGCAGUAUUUUUGGCUAACAAGCCAAAGUUUUCUACAUAGUGAAAUUGAAUUAUUUGGUUAUGACUUGGACCAGAUAUUGCAGUGUGUCAAUGGAAACAUACAUUUGUAUUUCUGAUCAUAAGUUUUCAGCAUGUCCAGUGUUCAUAUGUGGGUUUCAUUAUGAUGAAAUAUUUAUUUGCUAUGAUAUAAAAAUAAAACAUAUACAUGGUUAAAGCCCAACUGAUAACAGAUAAAUUUCUAAUUGUUCUGUAUAUACAGAUUUGUAAGAUGAAGUAUCUUGAAAUAAAUGAUUUCUUAUCCAUUGAGGUUGAUUUUGUUGAGUGACAAAUAAAAUAGUUUUACAUAUACCAAGUAUACUAUGCAACAACAAAUAUUUUCCUGCUGCUUUCCUUCAGAACUAUUUACAGUCAGGGGUGUAACUGUUUCAAGUUAUCGCAGUUUAUAACCCAUUUGAGUUAUUGCUUAUAUUUUCAUAACUUGUUUCAGUUAUCAUAAAAUAUUACAACACCCUCCUGUGCCAAUUCCUCAUUGUAAAUGUGACUAAUGCAAUUAUUUCCUGAAUCCUUAAACUCUUAUCUUUCCAGCUAUGCAGUAAAAGUUUUUAGGCAAGGCUGAUGAAGUUUUACCAAAAGGUUUAAAGCUAUAAAACUCUUAGCAUCUCAUUAUGCUUAUCAGGUCAUGAUCCGACUAAAAGAGAAUUUGAUUAACCACAGAUUGCUACUUAUUUCACUGUAUAGGUCACUUUGUGAGAACAGCAAUAAGACUUUUUUUUUAAUAACUUACCUGAGUUAACUUAUAGUUUAUAACUAAUACAGGUUAUAAAGUGCUUGAAAAAACAAACUGAAAUAGGUUACGUAACUUAAAACAGUUACACCCCUGACUGAUUUACAAAAUGAUUUGUAAUAGAUUUGAUCAUGGUUUUCAAAGUAAUGAGGCUUUUUUCUCUCUCGCCUUGUUUGAAUUCAGUUCCGUUUUAGACAGGUUAUUUUUUGGUGAUUUAUAUCCAAAUCAGUGUAGGCAAUAAAUUUGACACACAGUGAACAAUUUCAGCAGUUCAAGCAGUUGUUAAGUUAUAUUAAAUUACUUAGUAUAUAGCCAAUUUUGUCCCCUGUGCACACCAUGAAGUGUGAAAUUUUACAUUCAGGAUAGUUUUCAAAGUUCGGUGUGUUAUUUUUUCAAACCAGGCUUUAUUGUUGUAGCUUUGAUUUCUUUAUGUAACUUAAACUCUGCACAUUUAACAUUUUUAAAGCAAAGAGAAAAAAAAAUAAUAAACUAUAUCUUAUUCUCA